CUGCGUGAGGAGAGGGAGGAGAAAGCGCUACAUGGAGGACUACAGCGCUCUCAUUCUGCACACACACAAAUGACCCGGGGAGAGUCUCUCGCGUCCGUUAGGAAACAAUGAAGUGUCCUUAGUGUCUUUUUCAUUUUUUUUUGUAGCUUUAUCGGCGAACAGGAAAGGGGGGAUCCGAAGUGGAGACGCUCCUCUGAGUUUACUCCCCCCUCCUCCCUCCCGUAUACGCUGGAGCCGCUGCUGUUGCCAGUUUCUCCUUGAAAAAGACGGAUUCAGCAGAGAAAGAGCGGAGAGGAACUUUGUGCAGGAUGCAGGGGGUUUCAGCUACUGACCUCCCUGCCUCCUCUCUGCAGUACCAGUGCGGAUCGGUGGACUACUUGUGUUCUCCACGGCUGGCGAAGAAAGGUCCGACUCCCAGACAAUGUCACGACAGGCCCGCCAUCAAACCCCGGCCCCAGCCCUCCACCUCACCCAGACCGCCAACCGCACAGAAACCUCAAGUGCCCCCUAAACCUUCGCACCUGCUCGCCCUCGGGCAAGACAAGAAACCGAAGAGGAUCCCUCCGCCGCCCUCCAGACCCCUGCCGGCUCCCCCUCCUCCGCCUAAACCAAAGCCCAGUUUCACCCCUCCUGGCUUGGGAGCGCAGCCGCAGAAAGAGGCCCAGAAGGUGGGGCUGCUCAUCGAGAGGUUCGAGAAUUCAAGGGUUCCCAUCCUGGGGGUGCUCCCACGGUCCCAGCUGCACUUGUGUCUGAGAAUGGACUCUGCGUCUGACAUCACUUCCUCCUGCGGCCAGGACCCCACGGCGAAGGUCGCAGGAGACUCCUCCGCCGCGGACAAACUUGCACUUGGCGCCUCCGAACGGACUCACAGGGCGUCCGAACUCUCCCGCCUGGCCUCCGUGCACAUCGACGGCUCGGACGACGCCCCGCUGGACGACUGCGACAUUGCGCACGGCGUAGGCUGCCUUGACGAGGAAGGCUCCUCCCACGAGCUCCUGGACAAUCCGGACUCCUCGGAGCAGAACGGGAAGAUUCCCAACCGGGACAGCGGCAUCGACAGCCCGUCCUGCGCCGCGGAGGGGGAGGCGUUCCCCAACGAGGACGCCAUCGACGAGGAGGACCAUUACGACAGCGUCACAGAAACGGAGAGCGUGUCCUGCUGCGUUACCCUGGGCAACAAGCGAGACUCGACGCAGGACGAGGACAGCGACCUGGAUGAGGGGAGCAGCGGAGAGAUACACUCUCUGACAGACACGCAGACCGGCUAUCUGACAGACGCUCACUCGGAGGCGCACAAAUGCUCAGAGACUCAGAAUCUCCUGAACAUCGCCAAAGAGCUUCUCCACACUGAAGAGGCCUACGUCAAACGACUCAACCUCCUCGACCAGGUAUUUUGCACUAAGCUCACAGAGACUGGAAUCCCUCAGGACGUGAUUACAGGAAUCUUCUCCAACAUCUCCUCCAUCUACUGCUUCCAUGACAAGUUCCUGCUGCCUGAGCUCAAGACACGCAUCACGGGAGAAUGGGACUCCAACCCUCGUAUUGGAGACAUCCUCCAGAAACUGGCUCCGUUCAUGAAGAUGUACGGAGAAUAUGUGAAGAACUUUGACCGAGCCAUGGACCUGGUCAACACCUGGACACAGCGGUCUUCUCAGUUCAAGAGCGUCGUCCAGAACAUACAGAAACAGGAUGUGUGUGGGAACCUGACGUUGCAGCACCACAUGCUGGAGCCGGUCCAAAGGAUUCCUCGCUACGAGCUGUUGCUCAGAGACUACCUGAAGAAGCUCCCCGAGGACGCUCUGGACCGAAAAGACGCCGAGAAGGCACUGGAGCUAAUCUCUACAGCGGCUAGCCAUUCCAAUGCAGCAAUCAGGAAAAUGGAGAAGAUGCACAAGCUGCUGGAGGUUUACGAGAGGCUCGGAGGAGAGGAGGAGAUAGUUAACCCGGCCAAUGAGCUCAUCAAAGAAGGUCAUAUCAAGAAGAUGUCAGCCAAAAAUGGAACAGCACAAGACCGAUACCUCUACUUGUUCAACAAUAUGGUGCUAUACUGCGUGCCUAAACUCAGGCUGAUGGGACAGAAGUUCAGUGUCAGAGAGAGGAUCGACAUCGCUGGAAUGGAGGUCCAGGAGAACGUGAAGCAGAACCUUCCUCACACGUUCGCCAUCAUCGGCAAGCAGCGGUCGCUGGAGCUGCAAGCGAGGACGGCGGAGGAGAAAGAAGAUUGGAUUCAGGUGAUCCUGGCCACCAUCGAACGGCACAAACAAAACAGCGAAACGUUCAAUAAAGCGUUCAACAGCUCCUUCUCCCGGGAAGAUGACCACCCCCCAGAGUCACCGGGUCCCUGGUGCAACACAUCCAUCGACUCAGACGGGGAAAGACUGCAUGAAAGGAAGAGUUCAAGGAAAAAGGAGAAAGAGAAGCAAACGUGUAAAGGCUGCAACGAGAGCUUCAAUUUCACCAAGCGCAAACACCACUGCAAGUCCUGUGGAGCGGCCAUCUGUGCAAAGUGUUCAAAGACCUUGGACAACAAAACGAGCCGCGUGUGCCCCGAGUGUUUCGAAGCCAGCGUCAGCCUGGAGACUCUCGGCGUUGGCGAACAGAAAAGGAAAGCUGCGCCUGAGAGACAGACGUCUCUAACGGGGGAGAGCUGCCUGCUGUGUGGCCACCUUCAAGUGCAGGAGAAAGGGAAGAGCUGGUCCAAGAUGUGGGUGGCUGUCACCAAGGCUGAGCCGCUGGUGCUGUACUUGCAGAGCAGCGGACAGGACUUCAAGAGCGCGAGGGCGGUGCCUCUCCCCGGGUUCGAAGUGAGCGCCGUGCCGUCGGGAGGCGAGAAGUCUGAGAUGAAGCACGCGUUACGCCUCAGUCACGCCCAGCAGACUUUGCUCCUAAGUGCCCCGGAUGCAGAACUUCAGGCCAAGUGGGUGGACGUCCUCUCCAAAGCUGGCCGCGGUGAGACGCCCGCGGACGCGUCGACGAGCCUGACUGAACACAGGAAGAGCCAGUAGUGGCCAUGUUGGAGCCACAGGACUCACCCCCCACCCCCUCCCUCCUUCUCCCGUGUUUAUAGAGCACACAAUUACUUGAAUUCACUUUACCUUGGCACUUUUUGUUUUGUUUUUAUUCUUUUUUUUCUCCACUUUUGAGAGGACCACUCCAUCCUUCCUAUGCCACUUCAAUCUUCUCGUCGUGACCACACAGCUCCGUCUUCUCUCUUUAUCUCCCCGUCUCCCUCGAACACACAGACAAGAAACAACGGACUAUGCUAUCACGCCUCCACUCUAUGUAUGUGUGGUUGGGAUAUUUUAGUGUUUUUAAAUGCCGGAGAGGACUAAAUGUUUUAUUUGUAAUAUAGCUGAAGAAGGUUGCUGUUUUUUUUUUUUUUUUCAAAAAGAUGAAGUUUCUUGUACAUUAUGCGACUGUGUUGUGAAGCAUUAAAUCUUAUUUGUCUGUCUUUCCAUUUGCGUGAAAGUAAGUACGUGUGCAUGUGUGUGCGUGCGUGCGUGAGUGUGUAAGUACGUAUGUAUGUGUGUGUGUGUGUGUGUGUGUGUGUGUGUGUGUGUGUGCGUGUGUGUUUGGGUGCGAGUCCCCUCCCGUGUUUAUUAAGUAUUGAAUGUUAGUGUAAGAAACCUGCGCCACCUCUCCGUUCUCUUCCCUCCUGCUGGGGACACAGUGGCAGUUCAGUGGGUAUUGUACAGUAUGUAUACUAUAGUGCAAUGUAAGGAAAGAAAAAAAAAGUUUUAAAUUAAAAAGACAAAGAGAUGUGUACCCUUGUGGCUGGCCACUUGAUGCUCCCACUGUCAGCUCCCAUCUUACCUCUCUUCAUACUUCUCUCAUCUAUAAAGGUAAUAAUUCCCUCCCGUCAUCGUCUUUGGACCCCUUGAGACCUCUAAUCUGAGUCUGAUACCCCACAUUUCCACUCUGUCAUGAUUGCGACUCAUCCAGGUGAGAGUACACAGACAGAAUGGGAUCAAGUGGCCUCAAUUUCUGACCCUGUGCUGCAGGUUCAGUCCCUCAAUAUCUCCACUUGUACACAUGCUUAAUAAAUCAUUUCCAUAUACUUCUCUCUCUUUCUUAGGAUAGCAACCGUCUGCCUGCUUCUCUCAUGUUGGUGAUGUGAUGGAAACCAAGUACUGUACUGUAAAACUGUUAAUUCUGCCUUCCCCCCGCCCCCCCGUACCCGGCUCCUAUCAGCCACCAGCCUUCAAGCAGAAGUAGCAAAAAAUAACUGGUCAUUGGAUCUUAUUGUGCAUGUAAACUCACUCAUAUUUAUGUACCGUGCUCUGAAAUUUAUGCCCCUGUCCCUCUUUUUAUGCCCCAGAGUUCCUUCUUGUCGUACUGUAAGUGAGCAGCAGUGAGUGUUUUAAACAUGGAUUGUGCACAGUGGAAAAGCAGUCAAGCAUAUCAUCAAUAAACAGACGUUGUGAUUCGUUCAGUA